AUGAAAUAUGAAAAAAAGGGUCACGUUUUGAACCUCUCCUUUUUUACCAUAUGGCUGGUAAUUUUCUUAAAAAAUAUAAAUGCUAGUAUACGCAUAUCAGAUUUUACUUACCCGAGUGAGAAGGGCGUCCUUAAUGCAGAACAGUUUGAAACUGAGUAUAUAUCCAUUUUGAAGUUGGAAAAUGAUGGCAAAAUAACGCCCAAGUUUGAAAUUAGUGAUCGUUAUCUAAUUUCUGAGGACAAGACAACCCAAAAUUGUUAUACACCCAAUGAUGAUCAUGGAAAAGUGCUCAUAAAAAAAAAUGACAAAAACAAGUUUUUAUUUGUGCAAAAGCAGAAUGAAAAAAUCUUCAUUAAGGAUCGAAAUCAUAACUCACUUGUGUCCUCUCUUGAGAAAAACGAUCGACCAUAUCAAAUAGUUCAAGAGAACUAUGAACAGAUAAAUGUGGGAGAGCUAGCCAAUUGCGAUGAUAAUAACAUCAAAAAUUUUGUAGAUUAUUUUAACCUCUUAGACGCCUUUUUCAUUUCGGAAAAUGAAAAAUGUGAAACUGUUUUAAAAACGCCAUUAACGAAAAGUGUGCAAGUAAUAAAAUGCGUAGGCUACAUUGGGCAUAUAACCAACUUUCCUGAGUUAAAGCAUAACACCUAUUAUAUCUGCUUCAAAACGAAUGAUUUAACUUUACUAAUUAGUACCUUUAUGGCGGAUAAGACAAUUGCUAAUAAUACAUUUUACUGCACUUUAGAUAAUCCACUCUGCUCCAUAACAAUUAGUGUCAGCCUUUUUAAUAAUGUACCAUAUAUAAUGGAUAAUACGUUGGUACUUAAACCAGACUGCGCAGUUAUAAGCAACCCUAUCUACAAAGAUUAUCAUAUCCUUAGUGAGGAUAAUUAUAUCUUCUUUUUUAAAAAUGAUGAAAAGGCAUACUACCGCGAUAUAUGCAUACUGAAGGAUAUGAAAUAUGAAAAAGUGGGUAACCUAUUUUUUAUAGAAACAUAUACACCCCUUAUAUGUUUUAUAGGCUCAGAAUGCGUUAUAAAAACAUACACCGCUAAGGAAAAAAUUCAAUACAUUAUGAAUAAUGUAGAAAGCACCACUUUUUCAUGGUCCCGAACCAUCUGCAAUAAUAGGACUGUGGAAAAGAGUGAUAUAACCACCUACCUAAAAGAAGAAAACGGAUAUUUAUACAUAAUUAGUGAAAAACUUCUAAUGCAAGAAAAUACUUUGUGUACAAAGAAGAAUACCAAAUUACGUCGCCUACUAUCCAUAGAGUUGGUGGAAAAUCCUCAAUACAACAUAUACUAUUCUCUCAUUAACUCUGUAAUUAAGAACAACCCUUGGCCAAACAUUAAAUAUCAUAACUACUCAGGGCCAUACGUUAAAUACGAAUGCUCUCACGAAGAGAUAGUCAUAAAUGAAUAUGAAAUUUGGAAAAGUAAUUAUGAUAAUGAGUUUAUACAUAAAAAUCAGGAAUUAAAUUUUAACAUCGAUUUUAAUGCCAUUACUAUGAGGCUAUGCGUGAAGCAAAUUAAUUAUAUUGACAUCGGUUCUGUCAGAAUUGAGCAGUUAUUUGGCUUUAAGGUCAAUAACCUAGAUCCUUUAGAAGUUAGCGCCAUUGUAUCAUUAUAUAAUGAAGACAUAAACACCAGGAUUCUAAAAUUCGCCAUAAAAGAGGAUGAAGACUGUAAUUCGAGUAAGGGCUUUUUUAUACAUUCCAAGGGUAAUUAUCCUAAGGAAAUCUUUCACAAUAAUAUUAUUGUAGACGCAAGAGCAGAGUAUGAAGUGAAAGAGGAGAUCAUUUUAGAUAAACCCAGGUACUACGUAUGCAUGUGUUCGCUUGCAGAAACAUGUAACGAAUGGAACGGCUUAAGUAUCUACGAUUUGUAUACAAACAUUUAUAUAAACAAUGAAAUAAUACCGCCAGAAAAAAAAAAAUAUGUCUGUAAGCUGUUUUCCCCUUGUAACUUUACUGUGAAAUUCGAGUCGGACAACAUAUCAAGCCAGUGGGCAGCAAAAGUUGGAACUUCAUGUAGAACGUAUGUAUUCGCAGAUAUAGAAAUUAAGUCGCGAAAAAAUGAUAAGUUAAGUAACGACGCUUCGAACAUAAUCGCUAUUGACUUUAGUAUAUUCUACAAUGUGAGUCAGAUGAACAGUAAAAUACUAAAUGAAGACUUGGUUAUCUGUGGAAAUUACAAAGAUCAGAAAUUUAACUUUUUCAUAGAAGCGGAUUUUUUCAUUACCUAUAUCAGUAGUCCGUACCAAAAAUUCGAAAUAAAAAAUGUCGAAUAUGAAAACCUGUGCAAGGACAAAAAAACUCUCAACAUAUAUUCCUACCAAAAUGGGGAGACAAAUCUGUAUAAAAAAAUUGACAUUGACAUAAACAACAAUUCCAGUAAACUUGAAUUAAAUAUAGAAUAUGACCAUUUAAAAUAUUAUAAAAUAUUUUUUAUAAAAGAAUGUCAUUAUUGUAAGGAGGUUCUCACAUACACACACUACGGAAGUAUCUACAUUUGGCACAACCCCCUUAGGAACACAGGGAAAUACUGGAAACCAAAAAUAGCUAAGAAAUAUGUUACCAACAAGGAUCCUAAGAAAUCUAUAAAUCUGUAUAACUGCGCAUAUGAAAGAAUGCAGAAUCACACACUUACCAGUUUACUCCUUUUUGACGGACCUCAUGAAGAAAUUAAUUUUUACUGCUAUAGAGGCACUAACUGUAGACACAAUGCAAAAUUCACUUUGCUAUGGUAUCACUACACUAUAUAUGUUGAAAUUACAGAAACAGAAAGAAUCAUGAUAUCCUAUAGAGAAAUUAAAGCAAGAAUAAGCACUGCAUCAGAUAUACUAUCGGGAAUAAGGAACUCAGAACUUUGCCUUAGAAUCUCAAAGCAUAUCAUAGAUAAAAUUAAUCCAGGAUCUUAUAAAAUAAUUUACUCCAGAAAGAUUGACGAAUCCUUUAAAGAAAAUUAUAUUGGUACACUUCAUUACGUAGGUGCAUCGCGACAACUUUUUCAAAUUACCGCUACGAACGAAACAGAAAUUACGCUUGAUGGUUAUUUUAAGAAUAUUAACCAUGAACAAAUUACAGUAAUUAAAUAUGCAACCUGUGACUUUUACACUUUCCUGCGAGAUAAUUAUGGGAGAUUAAGGAACUUGAAAAAAAUAUAUGAUAGUAUCCAAGAUGAAAUUUUUAAUAAUAUUCAGGAUUGUACAGUAUCUAGUGAACAUAAAUUGACAUGCAAAAACAUGAAACCGAUAAAUAAAAAAUAUGCCUUAUGUUGGUGUUACGGAAAUAGAGAAAAUUACUGUAAUCGUCUAGAAAAUAUGCAGUUCUUGAUAACAGAAGUUGUUUCUUUGGACCAUUCCAUUAAUCCAAUAGUGCAAAUAAGCAAGCCACCAAGUGCUGUCUUUAUGAAUUAUAACACUGAGGGGUAUUUUUUUUUAGUAGAAGAUGAUUGCCGGGACAUCAAACAUUUUCAUUUAAAAUCACAGUUAAAUAAAGAAGAACACAUUUUGAAUCUCUACAAAGAAUUGGAAUCCCCCAAAAAAUAUAACCUGUGCGUAUGCAAAGUAACAAAGGAGGUUGCCUGUAACAGUAAAAACCACUUUAAGCCUCUGGAAUUGAAAUUAGAUCACACACUAUAUGACAAAGAAAAAUUAAAACGCGAUUUGCAACAUUUUAAUACCAGAUUCACGGCAGUAAAAGAUUUUACUUUCAGCUCAGAGUUUAAGGAAUUACUACAUAAAGAUAUAAUACAGGCUAUGGUUUUCCUUCCAGGCUUCACGGCAUACAAAGAAUACGUUUGUCUUUCAGGAGUGCCAUGUAAUGCGCCUAUAAAAAUGCAAACUGUGUUCAAUUCUCAAAUAAAGCAUUUUUUACAUAUAAUGGAAUUGAAAAAAAUAAAAGAAAUUCCUAAAAAAGAAAGCACUGCCGAGAAAAAAGAAGAAGAAAAAAAAGAAGAAAAAAAAGAAGAAAAAAAAGAAGAAAAAAAAGAAGAAGAAGAAGAAGAAGAAAAAGACGAAGAAGAAGAAGAAGAAGAAGAAAAAGACGAAGAAAAAGAAGAAAAAGAAGAAAAAGAAGAAGAAAAAGAAGAAAAAGAAGAAGAAAAAGAAGAAGAAAAAGAAGAAAAAGAAGAAGAAAAAGAAGAAAAAGAAGAAGAAAAAGAAGAAAAGAAGAAGAAAAAGAAGAAAAAGAAAGAAAAAGAAGAAAAAAGAAAAGAAGAAAAAAAAAAAAAGAAGAAGAGGAAGAAGAUGAAGAAGAUGAAGAAGAAGAAGAAAAAAAGAGAAAAAAAAAAAAAGAAGAAGAGGAAGAAGAUGAAGAAGAUGAAGAAGAGGAUCCUCUAAUGUACUCCUCAUAUUUGAGAGCUCACAUUGACGCCACAGAAACAAAAGUAGACACAAUUUAUUUCACAUUAAAUGACACAAAGGAGUGUAAAAAUGAGUAUAACCAAAUUUAUAAAAAAGCAAAGGGAAAAAUUAUUCGCACUCAAGAAAUCGAUUUAACAUUACAGCAAAUUUUAGAUGUUUCGUUCGAUUUGAACAUAGAUUUUGUACCUCCAGAAGUGAACAAACCGUAUGAAAUAUGUGCAUUCCUGAGGCCCACUGACAAGUAUUACUAUAACAUUGGAAAUGUUACCUUCUACGGACUGUUUAAUGAAAGUAAAGCUGUCGAAAUCGUUUCUGGUGUUCCAUUCAAUUUGGAAUUGAAACAGUUUAACUCAAAAUAUAAUGUACGAAUCCGUUUCGUUUAUGAACAUUAUGGAGAUUCAGAUGUAUGCAAAAAUAACUAUGGGAACAGUGAAAAAAUUUUUUAUUCCGACUCAGUUCAACAACUAUUAACUCCUGAUGGAAAUGAAGAAAUAGGAGAUAAGGUUACGGUCCACGAGUGGAAAAAUUUGUUAACAAUUUUAGAUGCCGACAACUAUAGCAUCAUGACUGCACAUAGAAACGAUGAUGGAUCCCACAAUUUACACGUGUGCUCUUGUUACGAACUAGUAGAAGGACACUGCGAUAAUGAUUAUUACUAUUUUGCAAAUUCUAUGAAAAUUAAAGUGCACACAGCUGUGUUGGUAGAGCCCCAAAUGAAUUCCAUCAUACAUUUUAUGAAACCGUUUACCCUUAGAUUAAAAACAUCCAAAGUGCUAAAUGGAUCAAUCCGAAUUUUCCCAAUUGAUAUAAUGACAGAUUUGAGUAAAUUAUGUCUAGAAAUAAAUCAGAGGGAUUCUUUUUUAACAUUUCCUGCAAAGGUAGAAGAAUAUGAACAAACAUAUAAUGUACUUAUUAAUUUUCCCUCUCAAGGAAUUGUCGCAUGUUGGUGCUCAAAGGAAAAAUGUGAAGAUGCUGACUAUUUAAACAAGGUUGCAUUCUUUAAAUUGUCGAGUCCGAGCCUUUUAGAAGUUCACACAGAUAUGGAUGGGUACUUUUCCUUUUCUUUCUUAAAUGAGUGGGUCCACAUAAAUGACAGAAUUUGGUUCGUUGCGGAAAAUUUACCAUGCACGGACGACACAAGUGCAAGCUUAUUUGAUGACACAAUCUACUUAAAUAACAAGAAAUACCACAUCGAAUGGGAACAGAGUAUAGAGAUCUAUGGAAAACCAAGAAAAAUCGUGAAAGAAAUAAAUGAUAACUUCACAUGGAUUUCUAAAAUUUACAAAAUAACCAAUGUUCUAGAGAAGUACAUAAAAAUAUGCUACUGCUUUUAUUAUUAUAGCGAAAAUUGCAAAGACCGGAAAAAUUACACACAUAUCGGCUUUGUUCAUAACCAUACGUUAAGAAAAGUAGUUGCAGAUAAGAAUGAUCAAAUUGAUCAGACAAUUAAUAUGUAUGAACUGAAUGAAAAUUCCAUCAAAUUCGUCCCCAUGAAUUCCUACAACGCUAGUAAUAGAGAUAUUUGCAAUACUAGGAGAAACCAAACUAACAGCAUUAUCCCUAUUUUCAAAAAUACCGCCUUCAACUACGUUAAUUUCAAACUCAGAAUAUUGAACAUUUUUAAAAAGCACUACAAAAAUGAAAUGAACUUCGUUGUAUGCUACAGUUCCUACUAUUACGGGUAUAAGAACACCUACCUGUUAAGAAAAGUAGAAUAUAGUGAACUGUCCCGAGCGUCCAAUCCUACCACUCAUAACUAUAUGCUUGUACAAGCAGGAAUUACAUCCGAGUUGGGCCAGAAUCUGAUAACGAGAAGAGCAAAUAGGGAAAAAAUAGAGAACCUACUCAAAUCAUACUCAAAAAUCAAACCGAGGAGGACCUUUUUUUACAACUAUUUUAUGGAAGAAGCGCUCUUUAGCCACAGGGAUGCGUUAUCCUCAGGAUUUAGUAGUGAUGUCAUGGGCUACAAUACAGACGACGAAAACGGUGGAAAGCAGGACGAGGACUACGAUGAUGAUAACGAAGAAUACGACCAGUUUAAAGGGUAUGCAGAGGACCAGCAUAUGGAUGGGGGAGAGAACGAGGACCAAAAUAACAACAACAAUGGGGGGAAAGGGGGAAAGCACAUUUUUAUCUAUAUAACUAGAGCGAUAAGGAAAAAAAUAAAAAUUGCUUUAUCCAAGUUUUAUGAAGGCACAAAGGUGGACUCUAAAGAAAUUAUGUACUACAGACGAAAAGGUGGGGCAACAGUUAACUACAUUCUAGAUAACAUGGUUUUAAAAACUAAUUUAUCAAUCAUUCUAUGUUGUUAUGAAGGAGAUUAUCUGGAAUCACAGCCUAUCGUGCAAGAAAAUUACAAUGAUAUCAACAAAUCUCCUAAGGUGUAUUUACUAUAUAAGGCAUUAAAAGUAAAUUUUGGUAACAUAGACGAAAACAUUAAAGGGAAUAAUACAAACCUGAAACAACUGCAUAAUACGUACGAUGGAUAUCAGAACUACAAUUAUUUAAGGAUAGAAAAUUUGAACGAAAAGGGAUUCUAUAAGAAUCAAACCCUAGCGCAGUUAAAAGACACCACAUUUGAGUUAAAGAUACAUGGAAAAAACAUCCCCCCUCACGAAUACACACUAUAUAUUGUCGAAUUUGACAACAACUGUUACAGACUAGAUAAAAAUGGCUACCAUGUAGAAAAUAAAGAGUACACUAUACAUAGCAAUUAUAUCAUUUUUAAAAAUGUCAUUAUGAACAAAAGGAAUACUUACAAACUGUGCAUACUGGAUAAGACACAAGACACGUACAACGAUGUAGGAAUUUUAAACAUUAACAAUUAUUAUGUAAAACUUGAAUCAUUCUUUGAUGAAAAUUUCAUUUCUUCUAAUCUUAAAAAAAUGAAUAUUAUACUAAACGUUUGUGUGAAUAACAAAUCUUAUGAUGCCUAUGUUAUAAAAAGAAAGGGGAGUUUUAAAAUCACCCUUGAUAUGCAAAAAUUAGCAUUUUCCGAAAAAAGUCAACAGCUGGAGGAAUUUUUCCCAGAAAUACAAAACCAUCAGUUAAUAUCUUGCAAGAGUAAGGAACACGGAACUAUCAUUUUGACAAAGACGCAUCUAUUCUUCUACGCACUUGUUACAAAGCUUUCCUUCUCCACCAACCACAAUUUGCCAUUCCCAGUUGACGUAGAUUUUGAUGAACACUACAUCUAUGUAACCGACUUAAAUCUGAGAAGAAUUGCGCGCUUUCAAAUUAUUUCUGAGGGGAAUGCUAUUAAUAUUAUCAACAAAGGGAAACGGAAAAGAAGCAUUCAAGGCAGAGAUUUAAUAGACUACAAAAGAAACGCCCUCAUGGGUGAACAAGGAACGACCAGUAAAAAGAUCACACUUUAUUACCCAAAGGAGGGUCGUAAUUUCUACACCACAGAUUUGGUGCGUUCUUCCCUCCAUGGUGCUGUUUACCCUGAUGAUGCGAAAAAUUUCAAAACAACAUUAUUAACGAAUAAAGAGGCACCUAAAAAUGAUGCCACGGUGCUAACAAAAAGGAGUAAACGGAGCGGAGAUUCCUAUACCGAGAAAGCUUAUCAAAAUUUAUUACGUUUUCCUACCUUAAGAAGGGAUAUGCGGAGCGAAAAAGAAAAAAAUGCUCGCCUCCGAAGGACGGAAGAAGGCGCUCUCCACAAUAACCCACGUGGAGAACAGAUAAAAUUAGAUGCCAAUCCCAUUGUCGAUGCUGAGAAAAAAUCCCCCCAAUCGGUAGCAAAUAAAGAAAAAAACACACUCGUCAAAAAUGUAAGGGAGUUAUACAGCUAUCUUCAAUCAAAGGUAAACAACAAUGGAUUGACCAACUACUUCUAUGGACUACUGGGCCCAGAAAAAAUAUCAAAGAAGAGAAACUUCAUGUACAACUUUCUCGAUUUUUUCAAAAAUGGGAAGAAAAAAAAUCGGUCUAGAGAAAUUAAAAACGAAGUGCACAGUCAAAUAGUACCUUCCAACAUGCCUGCAAGAGCAAAGAAACAGGUCAGCCGACCAGUUGCACGCAGCACAACCUCUGCUAGACCGCGCAACACCCCGUCUAAACCACGCAGCACUGUUGCUAGAAAAAAAAGAGAUGCUACUGAAUCUGUAGACCAUUCAGUUUACGACGAGGAGAUCGAAAAGAAUAUUAAAAAGCUAAUCAACAUGGUGCAAACUAACAAUUAUUUAGCAAACAAAAUGGAUCACCUGGACCUGAAAGGAUAUCAAAAUCCGUUAUUCAUUAGCAUACAAGAUGAUAUACUCUACAUAUUGGAUUCAACAAAAAAUAAUUUUUUUAGCUACAAUUUGAAAAAUAAAAAAAUCAUAGAACUGGAACAAUAUAGCGCUGCAGAGCAUAAGUUCUUUUUAAAGAAUCCAAAAUUUUUCCAUAUAUCGUGGGGAGCAAACUGAAUGAAUUGUAAAUGUAGUGAAGGAUAUUACGAACUUAAUGGAAAAUGUGUUUUAUGUCUCAAAAAUUACUACUGUCCUGGAAACAAUCAACUGAUAUCAUGUCACAAAAACAAAAUGUCCCCAGAAGGAGUCACAUCUGCAGAUCAGUGUGUAUGUAAAGAAAAUUUUAUUUACAAUGAGAAUAAUCAAUCGUGCACUUACUGCACUUCUGUUGGCAAGGUAAAAGGCGAAGUUAUCUACUGCUCCCUGUGCGAUCCCAAAUAUUUGGACACGAACAUUUUUGCAAUCCCGAAUAACCACAACUACGGUUUGGUGGACAAAAUAUACAAUUAUGAUGAGGAUCUGCUCCUACAAGAUAAAACACUGCAGUAUGCCUAUUUUGAUAACAAUGGCCGUAAAAAUGGCCGCGAAAAUGACCGCGAAAAUGACCACGCCAACUUUGGAACUCUUAACAUUAACAGAGAACUCGUUUUAGGGAACAAUAAGGACGAACCAAACAGGGAAACGUUUGCAAUAGAGGUAGACAUGCCCAAACCAACCAAGUGCGUAUUCUGCGAAAGUGGGUACUUUAUGGAUAUCAAAAAGGAAAGGUGUCUACCGUGUAGUAACAAAUACUGCGAAGGGUUCGCCGAAAAUCAAAAAGGAUGCCCCAUCAACUCCAUUGUGAACGGGAUAAUGGCCUCCUCCAUUUUUGAUUGCAAAUGCAAAAUUGGAUAUGGUUCCAUGAAUGAAAGGAGAAGCGCACUUAACAACAAACUCAGUUGUAAAUUAUGUCCAAAGAAUUUCUUUAACCAUAACUUGUCAGAGCAGUUCUGUCUUCCCUGCCCACAGCACACCUACACAGUAUCAGAGGGAUCCACGUCUAUCCUGAACUGCCUCCCUGUGGAGGGCUACUUCCUUCUCAUGUUCAAGAGCAUAGGCAUAGAAUACAUGAGGUAUAAAUUUGACAUCAACUCGGAAAACAGAAUUUACAGCUAUUUCCAGGAUAGCGUGAAAAGCUUCGACGACGACGUGUAUAAGUUGUUUUUGGACCACAAAUUUGAGCAGCUUUUCAAUGAUGAGGAUAACAACCCAGACAAGAGGGGGAAUCAAAAUAACGAAGCGGCGUUGCCUCCAGAGGGGCAGCAAAAUAACGAAGCGGCGUUGCCUCCAGAGGGGAAGCAAAAUAACGAAGCAGUGUUGCCUCCAGAGGGACAAAACAACGCGCAAAACGCGCAAAACGCGCAAGAUAACAAGUACAACCUGAAACACUUGAAAAAUCUGGGGUUCCUAAAACGGACGUCCCUUUUUUACAUAUACACCGUACUGCUAAAAAAUAUUGAGGAAAUCUACGACUGGAAAUCUGAUAAGAUGCUGAAGGUCACGUGCCACGUGAACCUGAACCUCAAGAGCAACCCCAACUUUACUGUCUCGUAUAAACCCAAUUUACAGUCCUGCAUAGACAGCUGCAAAACGAAUAUCUACUGCACAGGAGUGGAAUUUUCAAGGAAAAAAGUAGAAUACACACAAGUAUUUUUAAAAAAUAAUCAAAAAAUAAUUGUUGGAUAUUUUAAAUGUAAGCAUUAUUCUUUCGAAAGUAUAUAUGAUUAUACUUCCUCCGAUGUGAGCAAUUUUUUAGACGAGAAUAUCGAAAAUACAGUCGUGUCCAGAACUCCUUUAGCUUAUACAAACUUUAUAUUAAGAAAUAAAAAAAACACCAUUUUUACCUGCUCUAUCGAUAGAGAUAGAAAAUUUUUACUGUAUAAGCAAUAUCAAGUGGCUGGAUGCUUUAUGGGAAAAUUCUGUCCAGGGAAUCACACCCCUUAUUUGAUAUCCUGUCCAGAUAACUCAAAAACGGUAGUUACUCUGGCAAGAAAUGUGGAUAAAUGCCUAUGCCUGAAAGGCUAUUCCUAUGUCGGAAUUGCGACGCUUAGAUGUGCGGUAUGCGAUAGAGGGACGUACAAAAAUUACAUAGGAAACUUUAAGUGCGAAAAUUGCCCCCUAACCUUUUCAACAGUAAAUAUAGGAUCUACCAGUAUUCACGAUUGUUCUUGUACUCCAGGAAAUUACCUCACCUUUGACACGUUGCAAAAUUUUAUCAAUUCGGAAAAAAUUAACUACAAAAAUAUUAUUGAUCAAUAUUUUAUUGUCUCAAAAAAGAAACAAACUGAUGUAUAUUACAGGACAGAAAUAGUGAAAAUCAGCUUGAAUAACCUAAACAGGAUAGAAGUUAAUGAAGGGACCAAUCAAACGUUAAAGCGUGAGAUAGCUGUAUGUAAGCCAUGCUCUCUCGAUAAUCACUACUGCGAAGGAGGAUUCGAAUCGGACAUCACAUUCAACAACAAACGUUUCCAAGGCCAAUUUCACACAUUGCCAAAAAAAUGCCCCAAAGAUUUAGUCAUUCCAAAAGGAAUAAUGCAGAGAAGCUCAAUAAAUAACUGCAUAUGUAUUCAUGGAAAAUUUUUAAGAACAUCAAAAGAUAAAAAAGUAGAAUGCAUCCCAUGUCCUCCAAAUACAUUCAAGGAAAACGAAUAUGAUAACAGCUGCUCUGGGGUCUGUCCACACUUCUCCACAACCUUUAUAGGUUCGUCCUACGAAAACCAAUGUUUCUGUAAAAACAAUUAUUACUUGGUCACCACAGAAGAUGACAACGACGAUGAGAAUAAUACUACCCCCACAGAAAGUAGCAGACUCGCCAAAAGUGGGAAACGCACCAAAAGUUGCAAACCAUGCCCCAAAGGUGCCGUAUGUAACAGAGGUUUCAAUAUUGACCUCUUUCUCCAUCUGCUAAAAGACAGGGAAUAUAACAAUAUAAACAUUUUGGACCAUGAAAAUCCAUAUCCACUAUACGGACAUUAUGCAGUCUAUAAAGAAAAGCACCCAAUCAGUGAUUGGAACCCCCUAGAGGAUAAUGACGAGUUAAAAUAUUCCUACCCUUAUUACAACUUACUCUUGUUUAUUCAAAAAAAUGUGGAAAGCAGGAAUUACUUCUUUUUCAAAAAAAGCCAAGAUCUGUAUCUAAAUAUGGAAUUCAUAGAAUCCUUAAAAAAAAAGAAGGAGAAUAAGAAGGCAACAAAUGCAGUCAAAGAGGGAGAACCACAUAAUUUUCUAUUCCACCAAGCAAAUGCGAUCUCGUUUUUGAACUACGAGCAGAAGGAUAGAAAAACUAUAAAAAAUUCAAACGAGGUGAUCCCAAACAAUCAUACAAAUGCCAUUUUUACUUAUUUAAAAAAAAUUGUGCCGACUACCCUACUAGCUAAACUUGAGCCAAGACCAAACCCUCCCCUUCUACAAAGUAACGAAAUGAACUACUCCUUCGAAGAAAUGUUCAAUAAAUACAUAGAAGAGGCAAACGAAUUGAGAAAAAAAAACAACAAAUUUGAAAGAUUGCCAGAUAUUCAUGUUUGUACUAUACCUGAUAGGUGUCUAGGAACAAUAACCAACAUGUGCCAGGAAGGGUCCACAGGAUACCAAUGCAAUAAUUGUCAAAAGGGCUACGACAUGAGUCAUUUCAAGUCCAAGUGUCACAGAUGUAAAAAUUUUUUCAACGAAAUAUUACUUAUGAUAUUUUUAAAAAUGAUUUAUUAUGUAAUCAUUAUUCUUAUCGUUUCACUCAACUAUAAUAGUUGUUUCAACAAAUUGUACAUAAGUGGUAUUCUGAUGAAAAUUUGGUUUAAUUGCUCCUUUACCCUUGUGGCAUAUGGAUUUUUUUCACCCUCACCCAAUUUAUUUAUUACCAAAUAUUGGCACAUUUACAAAAGCGUGUUCCUCUCCCAUUUGAAAAUGUUUUCGUAUUACUUGAGGGUUGGCUGUUUUGUCCACUCGUACAAUACAGAUGUGCACUACAACGAAAUAUGGUAUAUACAAAAGUAUGUGAAUAUCUUUACGCCCCUCUUCGAUGCCGUUUCUAUAACGCUCAUCAUGUUUGUUAUCCUUCACGUAUACAAAUUCAUCUGCAAAAAGAAGAUACAAAAAUUUGAGUACAUCUUGUCAACAAUUCCGGAGCUGAAGGUGAAAUACAACUUGGACUGUCUAACGAAUGACCCGGACGAAAAAGCAUUUCCUAAAAAGGGAAAGAAAUCGAAAAUUUACGUGUCUAACAAAACGAAGGAGGACGACCAAGAUUCAUGCAACCAUUCGACGGUAACGCACGACUUGGAAAAAAAUGGCGUAAGUGACAAGGAAAACGUGGGGGAACCAAUUAACAAAUCUACCCUGAUUGAUAAAAACGCUCCAAAUGCUCCUAAUCUGACGAACAAAAAACAUGUCCAAGAGUUUUGUGAAGACGAUGUCCUGCAUAAUGCAGAUGGAGACAAUCAAAAUGGGGAAUGCACAAUGUACGAAUUAAAAUACCUAAAAAGUGACGACAAAAUGUACGACAUUUUCCUAAACGAAACGGUUGAGUAUAUUUAUAAUAAGAAGAUUUUCGGGCCUUGGCGAUUUAUGCAUAAAAGAAAUGAAAAGUUAGGAAGGAGACUCCUCACAUUUUUACAUGACACCUUCCCCUGUUACAUUUUGCUGAUCGCCCUGUCAUCACCCUACGUACUUAUGGAAGUGAUUCAACUCGCAUUCUGCAAACCGAUAAAAUAUAAGUCCCAAGAAUCAGAACUGUACCUAUCCUAUUUAACCACGCAAAAGUGCACCCUUUCUGAUAAUUCCUUCUUUACAGGAAUUUUGGUAGUUAUCCUGGCUUUAUUCUUCUAUGUUGGCAUUUUAACACUAUUGAUAACCCUAUAUUCGAAGCGCAAUAAGUAUAAAUUGUUUGACAUUUUACUGUCCAAUUUAUUAGCAGGGUAUAAACAAGGCAGGGAAAUCUUCGAAUUUAUAUUUAUCUUGAAAAAUAUCAUUUUGGUAUUACUAAUAACUUUCAAUAUACACUACGAAUUUUAUUAUGUCAUCCUAGUCACAGUCAUAUUAACAACUUUCUCCAUUCUGGAGAUUUAUUCUAACCCCUUUGAUGGAAGAUCCUUCAACAUCCUCAACAUAUCUUUGUGCCUUGGGAAUGCCUUAAACAUUUUCGUUGCCCUAACCAUUUGGGGCAGUUUCUACUGGAACUAUGAGAAGUUUUUUUUUAUCCCUAUUCUGAUUAUCCUCUUUUACCACCUCUACAUGCUCCACAAAGUGAUCCGAGAAAUUAUCCUAUCUAGACAUUUUAUACACACAGAAAAUUUUAUAAGUAUAAAAACAGCUGUAUAUGGGGAAAAUAACAUUAAACAUAAUAACUAUAAAUUGUACUACAAAGUUAUGAAUAAAAUCAAAUUUUUCUUAAAUAAAAAUCAAAAGAAAAAUAUAUCCAAACAGACUCCAAAUAAUGAUGGUCCAAAUAAAAUCAACAGAAUAUCAAAGGAAAAUAUAAAAUUUGAACCCAUAGAAAAUAUCAUAAAAAGGUAUAACAUCAACUUAAAUGACAAUUUAUCCAAAGCACAGGGUGUAAACCAUAAUGAGGAAGUGGAAAAGAAGAAAAAGGAAAUGUUCUGCAUAAAAAAAAAUCCCCUACCGGUAAAUAUCCACAACGUAGCGCUCAUAUGGUAUGAUGAACAAAAUGAAGAUUUGCUAUUUCAAAUGCCUUUUGAAAACAAAUUUUGCCUAGACUUAAAUGGGGAUAAAGCUAAAAAUAACAAGAAGAAAUUCUUUUCCUUCUUUCCAAAUUAUGCAAGAGAUAAACGAAGAAAAAAAAAUAUUAAAUAUUUUGUAUCAGCCAUAAUAGAAAUUAUCGACAAAUUCUUGUGCGCAUCUAGGAUUGGUUCGAUCUACGAAAAUUGGUUUGACUUUUCCAUGAGGUUUGCCUUUGUCUACAUAUCAUGGAUUAAAAAAAUUAAUAAAAUCAAUGUUGUCCUUCCACAAAAUAUGGAUCAGUUAAAAAUGAACAUAGACCAGUACAUGUUCUUUCCUCUAUUUCAUAAAUGUGAACUCAUCAAUCAGGAAAGAACCAAGUUCAACGUCUCUGCGAACACCCCCGGGGACCAACCCGAAAACAGUGCGCCCAUCGAAGCGUUGGAAAAGAAACACAGCUUUGAAAACACAGAAAUAAAAAUUAGUCGCAGCUAUGGAUCGUAUAACCAUAUGGGAAGCUUAAAAAAUAGGAAGCACGCGCAUGAGAGAAAUAACCAUGUCAUGAAUGACAACUACUCGGAUGAUGCAACAUCUGAUAAAGAUGCACCCUCAAAGGGCAAAAAUGAAACCAGGAAAAGCAAAAUGUUUAACGAAAGCACAUUCAACAUGCUCAUCUCCCUAUUCGAAUUGUACAUAGCUAUGAAAACGUUAAAGACAAUGGAUAUGCAAAGUUUUACCAAACUGUAUCAACUUUAUAACGAAAAAUUCAUACGAUUUGAAAAAAGUCUUGUCUUCUACAUAAAUAAACUGAGGGAUGAAAUAAAACUAGAAACAGAAGAAAUCGAUAAUGAAAUAAAAACAGGCGAUACUGCAGAAAAAAUAAGAGUGAAAAAUUAUUACUUCUAUAAGGAAGAAUUAAAUAAAAGAAAAAAACUUGAGCAAGAAUUAAUGUCAAAAAUUGAAUGCCUACAAGACUGUAUAGAAGUAAACGAAAAGUCGCAGUCGUUAAGAAAUAUAUUGAAAAAUUCUCGGACGAGCAAACUAUCCGAUGGAAACGUGGAUGAAGAUAUUCAUUACAUCUUCUCCGUUUUGCAAAAUGAAGGCACUUACAAAUUGGACCAUUCGAAGACGAAGGAACCAAAGGAGUGA